AUGCAGCAGCAGCAGCAGCCCCCGCACCGGCACGCCAAGACGGACUCGGAGGUGACGUCGAGCAUGGCGGCGUCGUCGCCGCCGCGGGCGGCCUACUACGUGCAGUCGCCGAGCCACGACGACGGCGACAACAAGACGGCCGCCUCCUCCUUCCACUCCUCCCCGGCCGCGUCCCCGCCGCGGUCGCUGGGCCGGGCCUCCAGGGACUCCUCCCGCUUCUCCGCAAGCGCCAAGAGCGCCGGCGCCGGUGCCAGCCCGGGGGGCGUCGCCGCCGUCCCCGGCGCCGGCGGCCGGCGGCGCAGCAGCCCGUGGAUGAAGGAGGCGGCCAUCGAGGAGGAGGGUCUGAUCGGCAUGGACGACGACGACGACGACCCGGGCGCCCACGGCGGCGGGCUCAGCGGGAUCCCCAAGCGGGUGCGCUACGCGCUCGGCUUCGUGGGGGCCUUCUUCGGGCUCUUCUUCUUCUUCGCGCUCAUCCUGUGGGGCGCCUCCCGCAACCAGCGGCCCGUCGUCACCCUGCGCGCCGUCACGUUCCACCGCUUCGUCGUGCAGGCCGGCACCGACGCGUCGCUCGUGCCCACCGAGAUGGCCUCGCUCAACGCCACCGUCCGCCUCGUCUUUCGCAACACCGGCACCUUCUUCGGCGUCCACGUCUCCGCCGACCCCGUCACGCUCUACUACACACAGCUCCAGCUCGCUUCCGGCAAUGUAAGCAAGCGCCUUUAA